AUGUCGUCUUCCAUCGAUGCCGAUAUCAAGCAGGUCACGCAAAUCGCACAGGCCUUGGAUGAUACAUCUCUCGAAAGCUCCCACCAGGUCAAUCAUUCGGCUGACGCCGUCCCCAUGUCAACAAGCACUCCCGAUCGAGUGGUGGGCGUUGGUGGAGAUCUCCAGGCUCGCGUGGAGGUUAUGUACAAAAUGAUCGGAGUUUAUGUGGAACGUCAGUUCGAUGGGAAACUGGAGACGAAGAGGAUCAAAUUUCAAGACCUAGCCGCCUAUGAAUUUGAUGGCUGGGUGCAAUGGUUUCCCAGAGCAAGGCGCACAGUCCCGACAAUGGACGAGGACCAUCGCAUGGGCGAGGAGAUCAAUGACGUCCUCACUCCCUCCGAGCCCUACAAGGAUACCGCCAACAUCAUCUCCCGUGAGAUAGAGCACUCUCGUGCCGGUGACAACAUGGCUUGGGUCGAAGGACCAAUGCUUGAUGGAAAGAUCCUGUUUCGUGUUCGUCAACUUUCUGCACUGAACAGCGUCGAGGACAACCGCACGAAGGUCACACUUUCAGUGGAACGCCAAGUCGACGGGAAAUUGGAGACUAAGAAGAUCGAAGUUGUAGCCCCAGCCGCGCGCGAAUAUUAUGGCUGGGUGCCUUCACUGCCAUGGUUCCCGGCGCCAGAGGGAGUGUGUGCUGAUUGGGGCGAUUAUGAUACGUUUUACGAAUGGCAAGUCAACGGCCGAGCCGUGAAUGAGGAUUGGGCCAGUCAGUAUGACCCUGAUUGGCGAAACAAGGUCGCUGAGCCAAUGAGACUUGUGGGUGACGACGGGAAUGAAGAGGUCAUUCAUUACAGUGACGAUUCAGUCAAAGCCAUGCAGGAGAGGGCCGCCGAGCUCAAAACUGUGCAUGAGGAGCUCUGGGGUUAA